GAUCAAUUUGACACGAUUGAGCGCCACACCCAGUGGGGCCUGGACCUGAUGGACAGAUACGUCAAAUUUGUGAAAGAGCGGACAGAAAUCGAGCAGUCAUAUGCAAAGCAGCUGAGAAAUCUUGUGAAAAAGCACCUUCCCAAGAGGACGGCUCGAGAAGAUCCAGACAUAAAGUUUUGUCAGUACCAGGCUUUCCUUCAAGUGGUGAAGGAGCUGAAUGAUUUUGCAGGCCAACGGGAGGUUAUAGCAGAGGAUCUUUUAGCCCAGAUCUGUGUGGAGCUUUCCAAGGACUUGCAGGAGCUGAAGCAGGAAAGGAAAUUGUAUCUGCAAGAAGGCCGAAGGGCUCAGCAACAGCUAGAGAAUUCCUUCAAGCAACUUGAAAAUAGCAAACGAAAGUUUGAACGUGACUGCCGGGAGGCUGAGAAAGCUGUGCUGAAUGCAGAGAAGCUGGAUCAGGACAUCAAUGCUACCAAGGCAGAUGUGGAGAAGGCCAAGCAGCAAGCCAACCUGCGUAGUCACAUGGCUGAGGAGAGCAAAAAUGAAUAUGCUUCAUAUCUUCAGAAGUUCAAUCACAAUCAGAAUCAGUUUUACUUUCUGGAGAUGCCACAGAUCUUUCAUAAGAUGCAAGAGAUGGAUGAAAGACGGACGCGGCGUCUCAAGGGGGGCUAUCACAUCUUUUCAGAGAUAGAACAGCAGGUCAUGCCGAUCAUUGGCAAAUGCCUGGAAGGCAUGAAGGCAGCUGCAGAGGUGGUUGAUGAAAAAAAUGACUCGCAAAUGUUAAUUGAACUGCACAAAUCAGGUUUUGAAAGGCCGGGAGACAUGGAUUUUGAAGACUUCAGCCAACCCAUGAACCGCACCUCUUCUGAUAGCAGCCUGGGCACUCCCCGGGGCACACUUGACGGCUGGCUGGAUCCCCGACUGCUGGGCAAGAACAAGGGAAAGCGCUGGCUCUUCAGCAGGAAGAAUAAGACUGUGAUCACAGAAGAUUUUAGCCAUCUGCCUCCAGAGCAAAGGAGAAAAAAAUUACAACAGAAGAUUGAAGAAAAAAGCCGGGAGUUGCAAAAAGAGCUGGAUCAAAGGGAUGCCUUAAAUAAGAUGAAGGAUGUUUACCAAAAGACACCACAGAUGGGAGACCCCAACAGCUUGGAGCCAAAGAUCUCAGAGACACUAAGCAAUAUUGAAAGGUUGCGUCUAGAGAUUCAGAAAUGUGAAGCUUGGCUGACAGAUGCCGAGAGCAGGAUGCUGAGCAACCGCCCUGACACGGUUACCCGCUAUAACCGCCACUUGGAUCCUGCCAGUGCCCUGAACAACAACAACUGCUCACAUGAAAAAGACAGCCCUGACACUACUCAUUCUAACGAGACCCAGGACACACUCAGCCAACCCAUUUACACAGAGUUUGAUGAAGACUUUGAAGAGGAAUUGGCAUCACCCAUCGGAACCUGUGUGGCCAUAUAUCAAUUUGAAGGUUCCAGUGAGGGCACCAUCUCCAUGCAGGAAGGUGAAGAGCUCAACUUGAUGGAGGAAGACAAAGGGGAUGGGUGGACACGUGUACGGAGGUGUAGUAAAGGGGGUGAGGGUUACGUCCCUACCUCCUAUUUGCGACUGAAUGUGAACUGAGUAAGGGACUGAUAGCCAAGUUCCAAGAGCUGCACCAACAACAACGUCUGAAUGGAAGAGGGGCGGAGUUUCAGUUGCCUGGAAACAGCUCCAUGAUGUUUGCUCUGGGUGAGCCGGCAAAAGAAGGAAUUUGCACCAAAUCACUACUGCAAGACAAGAACUGACUAGCAGAAUAACAAAACGAUGGCUGUAGCCAGCUGAAAGCAAGGCCUCUGGAUGGGAGUACAAGAGGGGGUUGACUUCCAGCUAGUAAUUGCUCCUCCUCUCCUCCAUUAUCUUCGUGGCAGACUUACAAAAUAUUCCAUAGGAAAACCCUUCAGCCAAAUUAGAUAAAAACGUGCAAUUCUGCAUACAGGAAGAUUCCCGAAUUCGUGGCUCUGGUGACUGGUAGUUGCCCCAUCAGAUGAAAUGUGGCCGCAAUAGGGUGCAGAGCUGGCUGUCCCUCCUCUCUUUGCCAGGUUGGUCAGAGCAAAGGGCUCUCUCCACAGAAACGUUUCUGCUUUUAUGCUGCAUUCAGUCCAAACCUCAAGGGGAUUGUAGGACCUUGAGGACUGGG